AUGGGGAAGGACCAGGAACUGCUGGAAGCCGCUCGCACUGGGAAUGUGGCUCUGGUGGAGAAACUCCUCUCUGGGAGGAAAGGAGGGAUCCUGGGCAGUGGAUCUGGAGCUAUUCCCUUAUCCAGCUUACUGAGCAUCUGGCGAGGACCAAACAUAAACUGCACUGACAGUUCAGGUUACACUGCUUUACAUCAUGCAGCUUUAAAUGGACACAAGGAUAUAGUUCUCAAAUUACUUCAGUAUGAAGCAUCAACCAAUGUAGCAGAUAAUAAAGGUUACUUUCCUAUUCACUUGGCUGCUUGGAGAGGAGAUGUAGAUAUUGUGAAGAUUCUCAUCCAUCAUGGACCAUCACACUCCAGAGUGAAUGAACAGAACAAUGAAAAUGAAACAGCAUUGCAUUGUGCAGCUCAAUAUGGUCAUUCAGAAGUUGUUGCUGUUCUGCUAGAAGAGCUGACAGACCCCACAAUAAGAAACAACAAACUGGAAACACCUCUGGAUCUGGCAGCACUUUAUGGACGUCUGCGCGUUGUGAAAAUGAUCAUCAAAGCCUAUCCAAAUCUGAUGAACUGUAAUACAAGAAAACACACUCCUUUGCAUCUUGCUGCUCGUAAUGGCCACAAAGCUGUCGUGCAGGUGCUUCUGGAAGCUGGAAUGGAUGUCAGCUGCCAAACAGAAAAAGGGAGUGCCCUACAUGAAGCAGCCCUAUUUGGAAAGGUGGAGGUAGUACGCAUUUUGCUUGAAACAGGAAUUGAUACCAACAUAAAGGACAGUUUGGGUAGAACGGUUUUGGAUAUACUUAAAGAGCAUCCAUCUCAGCAGUCUCUCCAAAUUGCAGCUCUACUUCAAGAAUAUAUGGAAACAGGAAAUGCAAGUAUUUCAGAGGAAUGUCCACUGGAAUGUGCAGAACAUCAGUCUUGCGUUUUGGCCCCAGAAGUUCCUCCGUCUCCAAAGGCUAAAAGUGAAGCUGUGACUGGAGAAUUAUCAAAGCUCUUAGAUGAAAUCAAAUUGUGCCAAGAAAAGGAAUACUCUUUUGAAGAUCUGUCUCAUACACUAUCAGACCAUUAUCUGGAAAAUUUUAGUAAAGUAUCAGAGGAAGAUCUUAUGACCAGUGGAAGCCAAACCAAGCUUAAUGUAAGGCCUUCUUCAAUGCGUUUAUCAUCAAGGGAAGAAGAAGAUGAUGAUGCGGCUGAAAAUUCUUGUGGACCUUCUGGUUUAUGGGAGGCACUGACACCUUGUAAUGGAUGCAGGAACCUUGGAUUUCCCAUGCUUGCACAGGAAUCCUAUUCAAAGAAGAGAGGUUAUGCAUUGGAAGCAAUACCCUCUGUACCUCUGGAUGCAGUUCCUUCAGAAAAUGACAGCAGUCUUUGUGAUUCAAUAGACGUAGCAGUCACCAAAAAGCCUUGUUCCCUAGAGAUAGCAAGAGUUCCUUCCUCAAGACCAGAUAAUGCACCUCAGGUAGCAAUUACCGCACCGGGAUCUGGUAACCAUAGAAACAGCUCCACAGGCCCAACACCUGACUGCUCUCCUCCAUCACCAGACACUGCACUUAAAAACAUAGUGAAAGUCAUACGUCCUCAGCCAAAGCAACGUACAUCCAUAGUAUCUUCUCUGGAAUUUCACCGAAUGAAUCAUAGCCACAAUUAUUUUGAAAUCAACCCAUCCAUUGGUUGUGCAAGUUUUAUUUCUACUCCUGCAAUCAGUCCAGCUAAUUAUUCCUUUGGAUCUCUGGAAUACAAUCUUGAAGAGAAAGAACUUACAGAGCAACGUAGCCAGGGUGAAACAUCCACUGAAAGUGAGCUUCCUGAAGGACACCCCGCUGAGCAGUUUGCAGGUUUACUUCAUGGAUCAUCACCUGCAUGUGACCCUCCUGAAAAUCCACUGCAGCUCUACAGCAAAGUAAACCUGUGCAGUGGGCCACUGGAGAAAAGCAUUUUGAGCAAGAGCGCAGCACAGCAGAUACAGCUACGGAAAGAGAGCAGCUCUGAUCCUCCUGUUAAGAAAAAAAAGCCACCAAUUGUAAACAGAACCAUAUUUCAUACUAAGAAUAAACCAGCAGAAAAUCAUACCCUGGUUGGUGCACCAAGGAUCAGUGAACAAUGGGUUAUUUCCACUGGGGGAUUUGUGGAGCGAGCGUGCACGCUGGGCAGAAUACGAUCUUUACCAAAGACCUUACUGGAAAUGCAUUUGUGCAAAAAUGUUUCAAAAUCAGAUUCUAAUCUUAUCACUCAUCCACCAAAUGAUAAAAAAGCAAGAAGCAAUUGGAGUGAACCCACGCCAAAGCCACAGUGCUCCAAAGGGAAUUCAGAGAGAACACCUUCCUUCACAUCAGAGUGGGAAGAAAUUGAUAAAAUCAUGAGUUCAAUAGAUGCUGGAAUUAAUACUGGACUGGGGGAGAUGAAAGAUCACACUACAAGACCCCGAUGCCCUGUCCAGACAGUGGGACAAUGGUUGGAAAAUAUUGGGCUACCUCAGUAUGAAAACCACUUGCUGGCUAAUGGAUUUGACAAUGUGCAAUUCAUGGGAAGCAACGUGAUGGAGGACCAGGAUCUCUUGGAAAUAGGAAUCCUUAACUCUGGGCACAGACAGAGAAUACUCCAAGCAAUCCAGCUUCUCCCAAAGAUGAAGCAGAUCGGUCACGAUGGUUACAACCCCUCCUCUGUAGCUGAAUGGCUGGAUUCCAUUGAACUGGGUGACUAUACCAAAUCCUUUCUAAUUAAUGGCUAUACAUCGAUGGACCUUGUGAAAAAAAUAUGGGAGAUUGAAUUAAUUAAUGUCUUAAAAAUUAGCUUGAUUGGCCACCGGAAGCGUGUUCUGGCAUCUUUGGGAGACAGGCUUCACGAAGAUCCUCCUCAGAAACCACCUCGGUCAAUAACCCUCAGGGAACCCAGUGGUAACCACACUCCUCCUCAGUUGUCUCCAUCACUUAGCCAAAGCACUUUCACUACUGGUGGCUCCCUGGACGUUCCCCACAUUAUCAUGCAGGGCGAUGCAAGGAGAAGAAGAAAUGAAAACUAUUUUGAUGACAUUCCCCGGUCAAAGCUGGAGAGGCAGAUGGCACAGUCUUCGGUCUGUGAGAUCUGGACCAACCAGAAUGCAGGAUAUCCUUUCUCAUCGAUCCAUCAGGUCCAUAAUACAGGAGACUGGGGAGAGCCUUCAAUUACCUUGCGACCUCCAAAUGAAGCCACAGCAUCAACGCCUGUACAAUAUUGGCAACAUCAUCCAGAGAAACUCAUCUUCCAGUCAUGCGAUUAUAAAGCCUUUUAUUUAGGUUCUAUGCUGGUAAAAGAGUUAAGAGGCACAGAGUCAACACAGGAUGCAUGUGCAAAGAUGAGGGUAAACUUACAAAAGUCUACAGAACAGAUGAAGAAAGUACCAACCAUUGUCCUGUCUGUCUCUUACAAGGGAGUCAAAUUUAUUGAUGCCACAAAUAAGAAUAUUAUUGCCGAACACGAAAUCCGUAACAUUUCCUGUGCGGCACAAGACCCCGAAGACCUUUCUACGUUUGCGUACAUCACUAAAGACUUGAAGACCAAUCACCACUACUGCCACGUGUUCACUGCGUUUGAUGUGAAUUUAGCUUAUGAAAUCAUUCUUACACUAGGACAAGCAUUUGAGGUGGCCUAUCAGCUUGCACUACAGGCACGAAAAGGGGGUCAUUCUUCAACCCUCCCCGAAAGCUUUGAAAACAAACCCUCUAAACCUAUUCCCAAACCACGUGUUAGUAUUCGGAAGUCAGUGAUAGAUCCAUCCGAACAAAAGACUCUUGCGAAUCUACCCUGGAUUGUUGAACCUGGACAAGAGGCCAAAAGAGGCAUUAAUACCAAGUAUGAAACUACAAUUUUCUGA